AUGGCUUCCAAGCACGCCAGCAGAGCCCUCCGCGCCUCGUUGAGGCAGCUCAAGACUCCUCAGGUCCAGCAGCGGUCGUUCGUUAGUGCUGUCAACGCCAGCAGACCCAGCCUGCAGCCAGCUCUCAAAGCUGGUUCGUCUGCUGUUGUCCAGCAGACUCGAGGCAAGAAGACCGUCGACUUCGCCGGCGACAAGGAGAUCGUGUAUGAGCGCGACGACUGGCCUCGUGACAAGCUCCUCGACUACUUCAAGAACGACACCCUCGCCCUCAUCGGUUACGGCUCGCAAGGUCACGGCCAGGGCCUGAACCUCCGUGACAACGGUCUCAAUGUCAUUGUUGGUGUGCGCAAGAACGGCGCCAGCUGGAAAGAGGCAGAGCAGGAUGGUUGGAUACCCGGCAAGAACCUCUUCGACGUUGAUGAGGCCAUCCAGAAGGGCACGAUCAUCAUGAACCUGCUCAGUGAUGCUGCUCAGAGCGAGACUUGGCCACGUAUCAAGCCAUUGCUCACCAAGGGCAAGACUCUCUACUUCUCCCACGGUUUCUCCCCAGUCUUCAAGGACCAGACCAACGUCGAGCCCCCGAAGGACAUCGAUGUCAUCCUUGUCGCACCAAAGGGCUCCGGCCGCACCGUUCGCACUCUCUUCCGCGAGGGUCGCGGUAUCAACAGCAGUGUCGCCGUCUUCCAGGACGUCACCGGCAAGGCUCAGGAGAAGGCGAUCGCCCUCGGCACAGCCAUUGGCUCAGGCUACAUGUACAUGACCACCUUCGAGAAGGAGGUCCACAGCGAUCUGUACGGUGAGCGUGGUUGCUUGAUGGGUGGUAUCCACGGCAUGUUCCUCGCUCAGUACGAGGUCCUGCGUGAGAACGGCCACUCCCCAUCUGAGGCCUUCAACGAGACCGUCGAGGAGGCCACCCAGUCUCUGUACCCAUUGAUUGGCCAGAACGGCAUGGACUACAUGUACGCCGCUUGCUCCACCACCGCCCGUCGUGGUGCCAUCGACUGGAGCAAGCGCUUCAAGGAGAACCUCAAGCCCCUGUUCGAGGAGCUCUACGACAGCGUCAAGACCGGCAAGGAGACCCAGCGCACCAUGGAGUACGCUGGCCGUCCCGACUACCGCGAGGCAUUCGAGAAGGAGAUGGAGGAGAUCCGCAACCUCGAGAUCUGGAGAGCAGGCAAGGCCGUCCGCAGCCUGCGACCCGAGAACCAGUAG